AUGAGCAACAGAAAGGAAAGCUUAAAAAAGUCUCUCGGACUAACAGAAUAUCCAUGGAGUUCUGAUGAUGAAGACAAUCCACAAUCUAAUCCAGAACCAGCACCUUCUGUUAGUAGAAGGCCUCCAGACAGUCACACUUCACAUCACUCUGGACCUAGUGGAGCAGGUACAUCUGCACCCUCAAUGUCACCAACAAGAAGAAACCAAACGAGACUAGAGCGAGACCUUUUCUGGUCGUUAUUGAAUAAUCCUAAUAGAAUGAGUGCUCCAGGGCCCUCGCGCGCCUAUGAGUCAACAGGUGAGCGUGUAGAUUUGAACAAUCCCGUCACGAACAUACAACGUAUACUGGCAAUUAAGAGAUUAACCCGCAAUUUAGGUACGAACAUGUGCCGUCAUCCAGAGUAUGGCACAUCCAGGAACAUAAUUUUUAGCCCGAUGCAGUCCGAUAUGGCCACGGCUCUUAAGAUAAGUCGUAUCAGAAGACGGCCCAGCUCUCGAGCGCCACUUCCCUGCACUAGAAGUAGUAUAAUCCCCGCUGUGAUUGACGCGUCGAGCGCGUCCGCCGCUUCAGCGCGCGCUUCACAAAUGCCCGAACGAGAACAAAAUUCCGACGAAGAACCACCGCGAUCAAUGUCACCAGAAAAUGAAAAUAAUGAUGAUAAUGCUGAAGAACAAGAAAAUGCGGACAUGGAUACAUCAGGAGAGGGGGCGUCUCUGGAAGAGGAUAUAGAGGAGGUCGACGGCGGCGGGGCAGAGCCCCGGGAGGCGGAGGACGAGGACGCGCCGGCGCAGCCCGAGCAAGACGCUGAGGCAGACACCCGUGAGGAACCACCGGCAGAAAAUCCUACAACUGCUUUAGCACAAAUAUCACAAAGUGUUAAGAGGAAACGAGACUCACACGGGGAGGCUGAACCCGAAUCAGUGAAAGAUUUCAAUCAAAGCCUGCUGCGGCUGCUAGAGUGCCCCGUGUGCCUGGAGGUGAUGGAGCCGCCCAUGUCGCAGUGCCGGCGCGGCCACCUGGUGUGCGGGCGCUGCCGCGCGCGCCUGGCCGCCUGCCCCGUGUGCCGCACGCCCUUCUCCUCGGUGCGCAACCGCGCUAUGGAGGCGGUGUCCGAGAUGCUGCGCUACCCGUGCCGGCACGGCUGCGGGCGCGACGCGCGGCUGCGGCGGCGCGCGGCGCACGAGGCCAGCUGCGCGGCGCGGCGCUACCGCUGCCCCGCGCCCGCCUGCGCCGAGCGCGCGCCCGUGCCGCUCGCCGACCUGCCGCUGCACUUCCAGAGCGAACACCUAUCGAUGCUGAAAGUGGGUCGCAGGCACAAGUUCUCGAUGAAGGUGAACACGGAGCAGCACGACCACUGGCUGGUGAUGGCGGCGCGCGAGCUGUUCCACCUGCGCGUGGACGUCGACAUCCGCACGUGGGGCGUCGUGGUCUACGUCGCCUACAUCGGCCCUAAAUGCAAUGCUAACAACUUCACUUAUAAGGUGACAGUAACGGGACAGCAGAACAACAGGAAGCUCGCGUACACGCGCGCCACGCACAGCGACCUCGAGAGCACGUCCCUCAACGUGAGUCGCCAGGACUGCUUCCACCUGACCCUGGACCAGGCGGCCAACUUCCUCAGGCUGCAGAACCGCUACAGCGAACCAGACAAGUAUCUCGACUUCGUGGUGGAAAUAAAAAAACGAGAUGUGCCUGCAGAAAACGCUCUUGAUGAGUCGGGUUCU